AUGGCCCAGAUGAGAUCCCCUAUGAUUGUACUGCUGGUGCUACUGGCUUUGGGGCUCUUUGCUACGGAAACUUCUGCAGCUAAACGACCACGUCGUAGGAGAGGAUGCUGUGAGAGUUAUACUCUUCGUAAAACACCUUUCGCAGUUAUCGAAGGCUAUACCAUACAGACCAUAUCAGAAACCUGCCGUAUCUUUGCCAUCAUGUUCCACACUAAAAAGGGUAAUGAUGUGUGUGCAGACCCUGAUCAGAAUUGGGUGAUAGAGCACGUCAUCCGACUGGGGACCAAAGCGUCUCACAUCAAGACCUCACAGGCCUAA